CACGUGUCCACAAACUUUCGACCAUAUAGUGUAUGUAAGUGCAUUAAUCAGAGAUAAUCAUUGUAUCUAUCGGUUCUUUUCACUCAGUUUUCAUUGAGUACAGGGUAAAUAAACCUCGCGUGUACAUAGUGCAGGAAACAUCUCAUUAUUAACGCAACCCUCUAGGAUGUACAGUCUACGGGUCGGACCAUCAUUACGCAUGCGCACUCCCCAGACAGCUCUCGCCCCGCCUCUUGUCCUCGCCUCUUUUCCCCGCCCCCUCAUUCAGUUCCAUCCCCGCCUCUUCUCUCCGGCCACAAGUUUUUGGGUUUUUGUUUUAAGUGCCAAAGAGCUUGUGGUAUGGGAGCCAUUUCUCCACCUCGCUUUAGAGUUAACGGAAUAACCGGAGCGCAGCUGGAUAAAACUGUUCUGCACAACUUUUGACUUUUUUUUUUUUUUUAGUGGGGGGGAGAAGUUUUUUUUCCCGUCUUUUAUUUUUAAGCCUUGCGUCUGAACUUUUUUCCGUCGGGCGCGCGCACUUUGUGGACUUUUGUUUGUGUGUGUGUGGGGUCCGGUGUUUACGGAACCGAGAAUGGAGAAUUAGACUCGUGCCCGAAAGCGCGCUCCUCUGCGCGUGCUCGGGAGUCGGUUCGGCUGCCCAGGUUCGAGGUUCUAGAGUGCGCGCUCACGCCGGAAAUCCCACCACGAUGGGAUGUGGAUUACGGAAACUGGAGGAGCCUGAGGACAGCAGCCCGGGCAAAAUUUACUCCACCCUGAGGAGACCGCAAGUGGAGAGCAAAACCGACACCGUGUACGAGUACGUGCUGCUGGACUUCAGCUUAGAAGGCAGUCGGCCCACCGUGCAGUACCUGUCCUCUCUGUGUGAGCUGCCUCAGGCCCUGCAGCCGUACUACACUCAGGGCUAUGUGCUGGCCGCCUUGCAUCCCAUCAUCCUCUCCGUUGGCCGUACACGCUCCCUGCCCUGCAGCCUGCUCUACAGGGCCAUCCUGACCAGACGACGAUCCAGUAAGCAUGCACUGGCCAUGGUUCACAGUGUACCAGUGCUGAGGGUUGAGGAGUGGCCACUGCCUGGAGAUUCCCUGACCAGCGACACCGUGAGAGCACUUAUAGACCGGGUGAACUGUAACGCUCGGGGAGCCGUGCGCUUCGUGGGAUCCGUGCUCCAGCAGGCAGGAGGAGGGAGGUGUAACGGCAGAGUGGCGAGUCCCAGACAGAGCUGUCGCUCCCCACCACACACUCCACCGGGAGACCGGGACACGGAAGACGCCGGAUAUAGUCCAGAUUUGAGGUUGCUGGUGCUGUUUCACUCCUGGGCUCCAGGGUGUGCUCCGCUGGACCCGCUAGCCUGCUGCUACCACCAGGGGGCGCUUUCUAUGCGCGUGUCCAGGAAAGGCCAAGUCGUCAGUGGUCUGGAAGCUGAUUGGCUCGAGCUGACAGCAGCUUACUACCGCAAAGGCUGGUCAUUAGUGGACUCUUUUGUGUACUGGGAUACACCUAAAGGUGAUCCAGUGCCCAGAUCUUUAGAGGGGCUGUUUGUGUAUGAGGAGAGAAGCCCUGCGUCUCCUGCCAACGACACCAUCGUCGUUGAGCAGUGGACCGUUAUCGAGGGCUCCGACGUGAAGACGGAUUACGGGCCGCUCCUUCACACUCUGGCUGAGUUCGGCUGGUUACUGACGUGUGUACUGCCCACGCCGAUCAUUCGCCACGACAGUGAAGGAAAUCUUGCCACUAAACAAGUGGUGUUCCUGCAGAGGCCUGUUAAAUCCUCCUCAGUCCGACAGAACAGCCAGGGUAGCUGUACUCGGAGAGAGAAGGCCAGUCAGUCUGUAAAUCGAGGGAUGGGAGCGGCUCACUCGGAGGAGCUUUCCCCCGGUUCAGGGGGCAUUGUGGGAUUCCCUCUGUUUGGAGCGGGCUAUCCUAGCGCCCUGUCCCAGCUGGAGGAGGGCGGCUUCGAGCAGGACGACGGGGCAGCCGAGGUCACCUGUAUGUGACCGGCGUUCUCGAUAGAGAACUGGAUCCAAGAUGCUCAGCUCUAUACUAUAAGAGUGUGGUUUUUUUUUUGUUUUGUUUUUUUUUAAAUAUCAUUAACAAUUUAGGUUAAACUUCCUUGCAUUUACCCCAUCCCUGAUCAUAUAGUUAAACGUUUAGCACUUUUUGAUAUUUUUUUAUAAAGCCAUGUUCUAAUGCACAAUUCUCACUUGAUUUAUCUGUUCUUCACUAAUUACACAAUCAGUCAGCAUCUCGUCGUCCUGACACCUCCUGCAAAGACUCGAAUCUCCAGUGCACGCCGACUCGGCCACCGAGGCUCAUCUCGGCUCCUCUGCUGCUCGCGGCGUGACGCCAACGUCGUUACAGUUUUGCGUAUUUCAGACUCGCUUUUUACGGUACUGAGGAUGUCCCGGCUUUGCCGUCACAACAGUUAGGGAAAACACCAUCUUUUUUUUUUUUGGAUUUUAAUAGGUGGGGUUGUUGUUUUUUUCCUUCUUUAAGACCAGGCCAUGAAAAAGUACAUUUUUUCCCCCCCAAACACAGUGGCCCUAAUUCACCACAUCUGGAACCUGGGGGGGAAAAAAAAAAAAUCAGACCGGAGGCUGCGUAUCUCGGUUUGCAGUUCUGAACUCGAGUGGUGCUACAGAAGGUCCUGAUUUGUCGUCGUUCCGGUUUUGUUGUCCGCUCACAGUAGCGCACGGUGUAGUUUUCACACAAGUUCGUGGAAACGGUGUUUUAGUAAAAGACCAGCGUGAGAACUAACUCCACACUCGUUCACUUUAGUAUUACAUGGUUCUGAAUGACUCGAUUUUGUACUUUUUAAAAAAAGUUAUUAUUCCUAGUAACUGUUUUAUCUUGCUUUAAAUGAGACUAUAAAGAAAAACAGGUUGUAGAUUAUUAUAAUGCUGUAUAUAGGAUUAAUAAGCCAUGAAAUGCCGAGUUCCUUUUUUCUGUAAUAUCAUGUGGUUUGUUUUUUGUUGUUUUUUUUUUAAAGUGACCAGUAUAAUCUACCACGGACAGUAUUUUAAAGUUCUAAAUAAUGUAACUCAACACGCAUGGUCGGAGUUAAUAUUUUAAUAAAACGGAUAUUCCCUCGUC